AUGAGCGCCUCAUCCGACCAAUCGCGCUUUUCGAAUCUUCAUGCUCAGGCUGAAAUCUUGGAUAGGGAGGAUCACCUCCGCCAUUUGAGGGCCGAAUUUCGAAUCCCCACCAAGGCUGAUAUUAAACGAACUACUCUGGAGAAGCUGGAGAAGCCCCAGCAAGAACAAGAGCAGCAGCAAGAUCGUAACGAUGCCGCCUCAGCCGACGAGACAACCCCAUGUACAUACCUCUGCGGCAACUCUCUCGGACUGCAACCCAAAAGAACCGCAACUCGCAUCAACCAGUAUCUCCAGACCUGGUCCACCCAGGCCGUCCAGGGCCACUUCAAGCCUCUAGACGACUCUCCUCUACCGACAUGGCUCGACGCUGACGCGAGAGCUGCCAAAUUGAUGGCACCCAUAGUCGGCGCCGAUGAAUCAGAAGUUGCUGUCAUGCAGACUCUGACUGCGAACUUGCACCUGCUGAUGUCCGCCUUCUAUCGUCCCGAUCCGAAGGGGAAGCACAAAAUAAUCCUUGAAAGCAAGGCCUUCCCAAGCGAUCAUUUUGCCGUACUAAGCCAGAUCCGCCAUCAUGGUCUCUCCCCAAGCACCUCCAUGGUGACCGUAGAAUCGCCGUAUUCGGAGGAUGCCCUCAUCACCACCUACGACAUCCAGUCCAUCAUCUCGAAGCACGCGUCGGAUACGGCGUUGAUCUUGUUGCCCGGCGUCCAGUAUUACACCGGCCAGCUGUUGGAUAUCCCAACCAUCACCGCUUUUGCGCACAAGCACGACAUCUUUAUCAUCUGGGAUUUGGCGCACGCGGUGGGCAACGUCCCCCUUCAUCUGCACGACUGGGACGUGGAUGCCGCCGCCUGGUGCACAUACAAGUACCUAAACGGAGGUCCGGGCUGCAUAGGAGGUAUGUUUAUCAAUUCGCGCAACAGCUUAGUGAACACCACGAUUACCGACGAGGAACCCGAGAGGGGAUACGGUAAGCGACUGUCGGGCUGGUGGGGGAACGACAAGGCGACUCGCUUUCAGAUGGAAACCAAGUUUCACCCCGUAAAAGGAGCAGCCGGAUUCCAGCUUAGCAACCCUAGCAUCCUCGAUAUCACGAGCCUAAGCGCCUCGCUCGAAAUCUUCGAACUCGCCGGCGGAGUCUCACCCCUCCGAGAAAAGUCUAAGAGGCUCACCGCCUUUCUCGAACAGUGCCUCUCCCUCCUGUCGGAAGAUGCAAAACAGCUAUUCCGAAUAAUUACCCCGUCCGAUCCGGACCAGCGCGGCGCACAGCUGAGUCUGCUGCUGGCAGACAGCAUCCUAGAUCAGGUAAUGAAGGAGUUAGAGGCGAGAAGCGUCAUUGUAGACGAGAGGAGGCCAAACGUAAUCCGCGUCGCUCCUGCGCCCUUGUACAACUCGUUCGAGGACUGCGUCGCGUUCGCCGAAGCCUUCGAGUUAGCCUUGGUAGCGACGCAGAAAGAUUUCUAAACUAAUGCCUAUCGACGAUAGUGCUUAGAUGUUUUUGUCCUUGCGAACCUGAGACGACAAAGGUAAAUUGUGUGUAGGACAGGGUUGCAAUAGAACAGGAUGAGUUUGGGAUGAUAUUUAUUCUCUUUGCAUAUUCAAUUCUUCUGCCAAGAGCUGCAAGAUUAUUCAUACUAACCCCUUUUCAUGCUAUUCCCGGCGCGGGCGUCAUCUGCAUGGAAGGAUCUUAGAUCUUAGAUCUUCAUGUCAUUUCAUACUAUUCCGUAUACAUUUUAAUCUUAAGCUCUAUGGAUUUUCAAUUCGCUUCUUUUCUUCUCUU